AUGUCUACAACGUCUUUGUUCUGUAACGUUUCCUGGUUUUCAGUAUCCCUUCGGAAACGUACCUCAUCCAGUAGCGGAAGUCGCAGCAGUGCUAGCAGCGAGGGGAGAUUCCGCUUGUCCGAGGUCUCUCGAGCUCAACACCAUUCCUUUCACGGUGGACUUCAAGGAGGACAACAUCAUGCCGACCAAGCUGUUGUUAAUAGACCAGCCACCUAUUUCGUCAGCCCCUCUUCCGCCAGCACUACCACUAAAAAAGGUUGCCUGGUCCCUGUCUUAGUUAAGCAAAACGUGGGCCCAAGUUAUGAAGCAAUGAAGCAUAAGGCGAAAGAUAAGGAAGUUGGACAGGAGUUUAGUCAGAAUAAACAAAUUUUCCACAGUAUCACGAGGACAACUGGAGCUAAAACAGAUAGUGGCAAUGGAAAUGCUUACUGUAACGAGUUCGAUCGCGAGCGCACUCCAAUCCAGACUGUUAUUCCGCAUCAAAAUCAGGCGACUCAGCGCGCCAUUGUCUCUAAGAAUGUACAUGUCGAUCACAUCGUGUGCUCUUCCGCAGACACAGUGUCAAACGGCAUUGUCCGCUACUCAACAGCCACGACGAAUGGAGUUGGCGGAGUCGAGUAUGAUGUUCCGGCCAAUGGCCUCAGUCCAGGCAGCCAACUUUCAAAAGAAGGUGUAAGUCAGGGCUAG